UUGUGUCAUGUGCCAAUGACUAUCUGGGGCCGUGAGGUGUGUUGUUUUUCACAUGCGUCCCUUUUUAUGCCGAAAUGGCACGUCAAGAGGCUGAUGCCGAAAGGGCCCCCCUCUUAAGAAACAGUCAAAAUGAGUUUUUGCAGCAGGGCUAUGGAGACAUUCAAGUGGCACCUGGGCAGCAGCAAGGGGUGGAAGAGCCUCCUCCACUCUACUCCCCACCAUACAAUGGGAUCCAGGGAAAUGUAGUCCCGUGCCGAGUGUGUGGUGAAGUGAUAGACAUUACGAAUCAGAAGAACCAACAUGUAGUACGUUGCAGCAGAUGUAAUGAAGCCACGCCCAUUCGAAACGCACCUCCCGGCAAAAAGUAUGUCCGUUGUCCUUGCAAUUGUCUUCUCAUUUGCAACGUGACUUCUCAGAGGAUUGGCUGCCCACGGCCUAACUGCAAGAGGAUAAUCAACCUUGCACCAAAUACUGCAAGCAUUCCCCAAUGCCAGCUGCCUGGGCUUUGCAGGGUCUGCUGUGUCCAUUGUCAGGAAAAUUUCUUGUUCAACACGCUUAGCAAUGCCCUAGCCCGCUGUCCACACUGUAGGAAGGUGUCAUCAGUAGGACCAGAGUAUGCUAGAGGUCGCGGUAUUCUGUCGCUAAUUCUGGCAGCAGUCUUCCUCGCAAUCACCCUUGGAGUAUUGCUGGGAACAUAUCAGUAUGCUGCAUCAAAGAAAGGCAUAUAUGUUGCAUACAUUGGUGGCUUUAUUGCAUUCCUGCUGUUUCUGGCGAGAGGACUCUACUACUUCACAAUGCGUGUCAGCGACGUCGAAGGACCUGCAUGAUCGCACGAUUGCGCUGUUGCCCACCACCCCGUAUAGGUACCCUGGUGCCUGGCAGUUUUUCUUCAUUGAGCUUCUGCAAUUGUUACUGUACAUACCACACCAUUACUUAUAUUUUGGUGUCUGUUUCGCUUUUCUUACCAGCCAAGGAAAUAUGUAUGCUUUUUCUUUUUUUGCGUAUGAAUGUGUAGUAAUCCUAAAACCAUAAUGGGAGGCAUACUAACGAUCACCAAAUUAUGGAGAAAUUUCCAGUGAUUCAAGAGUCAACCUGGAAUGUCGGGAAUAUAGGAAACACGCGUCUGUAGUAGCGUGGUAGUGCCAUGUAGGAAUAACUAUGCCAGAUGCGGCUGGUAAAUGUGUAGCAAUUGUGCAAGAAAAUGUUGGUACAAAGUUCAAAGAUGUUGGUGCUUAAAUAUGUGCAUUCGGAAUUAAGGAUGGAUGAUAGGCUUCAGGGCGAUAUUUCCUGCCCGGUUUUUAGUUUUAGCAGUUUGCAAUAUAUGUUUUUAUUGAAAGUAGAGGUUGGGAUAUUGUAUCAUGAGCAUGUAGUAUGUAUAAUUUAGGUACUGGCUCAAGAAAUGGGAAAAUGACAGGUUAUCGUGAGGUAUCAUGAUUUUGGUCAGGUUGUACAAGUGGUGGUAGUACUUUUCUAGGGAAAUGCAGAAAGAAAACUAGCACUUUUCACAUAAAGAAAUAAAAAGAAUGUCAUUACUUGCAAAGUGUUUACAUUGUAUAUGUUUUGUUGAACAGUUCCAUUCGCUUUUCUAAAUGGAAGAGAAGAGACAAGUAUUCCAUUGGCCAAAUCCAGCAAUGCACAUAGCAUGUCACAGCAUAUCAAGCAUAUAAUUACAGCAGACAUGAAUGCCACAAAAGGCUGGCUAGGCAGUUGAACCAAAUAUUUCACUGGGUUUACGGGAAGCUACAUCCAUUUCUAGUUUGACCAUGAUUGUGACUGCAUUUGCCAUAUGAUUUUAAUUUUGUGCUGUAGUUAGUUUGGGCUCCUUUCUGACAGUACGACAAGCCAGUUCAGUGGCAAUCCUGUGUAGCCUUUAUCUUAAUGAGUAAUGUGUUGUUCACUGUAUCAGUCUACCAACAUUGGUCAUCGUUUCCUGCUUGCUUGGUAUUAUUGUGUCGGGCAUGUUUUGCAAUUUUUGAAAUGGCUGGAAAUGUGUAGUGUAUUGACGCUAAGAUUUUGUGUCGAGCUUGGUAAAACGUUUACUGAGGAGCAUCAAGUGACUUAACAAGCCUACAGUUUGGGAUGUGCUUAGCAUUACAUUAGUGGUUAGGAGCCAGUUGAUGUCUGCACAGGAUGCUAGACAACACUGACUGGCGAUCCCCGUGUGAAAAAAUUGUGAAGAUAUCAGGCUGGGUGUGAAGGUAAAGACCUGUACAGUGGAGAGGUAUCGAAUGGAACCUCAUGCAUGACGAAAAACAGCACUACUAUAAUUCCUUUCCUUUGAUACCCUCCUGACCUGUUCACUGCAGAAUUUGUACCUUUUGAAAAGACAGAUUUGUGAGGAUACAAGACUAAAGAAAAUUGCAGGCAGAAGGAUAUGGGAUGCAAAGGGCUGCUUCCAGAUCUGGAUAUCAUGUAUGAGCAAAGCUGAAGAGUGCAUCAAGCGAGCCAAGGCUCAAUACGUUAGAAUUAAGCCUCGAAAGAAUUAAAAGGCAAACACAUCUUGUAUGUCCCCAUAAAAAGGUGCCCAGGCAAACUUAAGUUGAAGUCUUUCCAGUCUUAGUGUCUGUCUCAGGAAGUUGUCAGAGAUGUACAAACUCAUGAACACCCCACCACAGUUCUGAAACCUCACCAGCCUUUUGAGCUCUGCCGCUUUACUGCAUCCAGCCUAGCUGUAAUACGUUUGCACCUUCUUCCACUACAUAAUCUGUGCAUAUUCUGUGUGCAUAUAAAGCACAUGUUUGAGUGUAAAAGAGUGCUAAUAAAUGCGCAAUAUAAUGCUUUGUGCA